AUGAUGAUUUCUCGUAUCGAUUCGACUAUUUUCAUCUUGAUUACAUUAAUUUCCCAUCUUAUAUUUAUAAAUGGUCAACAUAAUCCAAAUGCAAAAUGUGAUGAUACAUUGGUGAAUAUGCAUAUGCUUCAAUGUUAUAAAAACAUUAUUGAUGAAAAACAUGAUGUAACAUCACCUGAAAAUGCUUAUUUUAUGGAUGGAAAUCUACUUUGCCAAGCUUAUAAUAAAAGUUCAUCAUAUCGUCAAUGUUUAUAUUCAAUAUUUGAUCCUAAUGAUGUUUGUUCAUUUAUAUUAUUUCCAUAUUCAUAUCAAUAUUCGAAAAUCUAUUGGAAAUUGAUAAUGAGUACAUGUACUGUAGAGAAUAAUGAUAAUAAUUGUUCUCCAUCACGAAUAAAUCAACAAGUUCUUAAUAAAUGUCAUUAUUCAUUCGAUGAUAAAUUUCCGACAAAAUGCAAAGAAUUUCUACGUUCUAUAAAAUGUUUGGAACGAUAUGAAAUGGAAUUAAUUCCUUCAACAUAUGGAUCGAAUUGUUCAAGAAAUAAAGCUUAUUAUUAUUAUUAUGGAGAUCUUGCUGCUCAUAUUCAAUUAGCAAUUAAUAUUUGCGAAAAUAAUUUAACAUUUUAA